CUCCAGCCGCAGAACCUGGCCGCGUCGACGCCGCGUCAUAGUGCGGCCCGGAGGCCACGCCUCUGCUGCCGCAGCCGCACAGCAGCGCCAUGCAGGUGUCAGUGCGGAAGCGGACGACGAGGAGGUGGACGUGCAGGCGGUGGAGGAGGAGGGCGCGGUGGCGACAAACACCAGCAGAGACUGCGCGAAGCCGGCGCCCGGCGUUGAGGGGGCCACUCGCCAUUAGCUAGGCUCUGCCGCUCCUACCGCAGUCGCCGCAGUCGCUGCCGGCGCAGCGCACAGCGGCAGCGGCCUGCAUACCGGCGGCGGCGCGGGCGGCUAUGUCAGCGUUGGCGGCGGCGGCGGCGGCGGAGGCAUAGGCGCUGUGCCAAGUACGGCGUCGCUCCUUGUCCCGCCCCAUUAUCCCCGCCAGCUCCCUUCACCUGCUGUCGCUGUCUGCCGGCAAUGCCCAUCUCGCCCUGCUGCUGCGCCGCGCCGCCGCAGCCCGCCGGCCUCUCGGGCGUCGGCGGCACCUGUCGCGCCUUCGCUGCAAGCGAUUAGCAGCAAUAGCCGCGUCCGCUGUCGAAGCCUCAGCCGUCCUCGGCGUCUGGCGGAGGCAUCAGCGGCGUUGUGCACCCCUGGUGUGCAUCUACCACAGCCGCGGCCAAGCGCACGGCCACGGCCUAGGUCGUGGACACGCCAGCGCCGCCGCCGCAGUUCGGCGACAAGGCCGACACGCCGCAGUCACUGCCCGUGUCGUGCCCCCACCCCCCGCGUCAUGUUCCGCAAGAUGGUCUACCGUCUACCACUUCCUUAACUAAUCAUGAAUGCUCUGGAGAUCGUGGUUCGUCCCGCGGUGGACAGCGUGGAGGCCGCGCUGGAUCGCAUCAAGAUGAACAUGAACCUCAAGUUUGCGGACUGGGGGCUGCCCUGCCCCAUCACAGGACAGCCGGGCGCAGUGGCGCACGCGGCGGCGGCGGCGGCGGGCGGCCAGCAUGCGGCCAGCGGCAGCUUGUGAGCGCAGCGGUGUUGGGCGUGCGGUAUGUGUGGAGUGCUGAGAAUGAGGGGGCGGAGCAGGAUAGCGUGAGUAGGCCCGUGUACAAGAGCCGCCCAGGGCAGGAGUCUCCCGUCGGCGCGGAGAAUUGCAAGCAGCUGUGGGCGCAACAAAUAAAGAGAGGAUGGCUACGUGGCAACGCGAUGGCGCCGGCAGAUAGACCUCUGGAGGCAGCUGCUAUGGGCCCUUUGGCACCCAAACAGCGUGGUACGCGUAUCAGGGACUGCUGAGCUAGCAGGGCCACGUUUGGUGUGCCGUGUGGGACUGAUAAGGGUUGCAAGCAAGUGUGCGAGGAGUAUAGGUACGUACGCAUUUGGCGCUACCCGUGGCGGUGAUUGCUUCUGGUGUAUGCCUGUUCGUGUCGCACUGUCGCGGUGACUGAACCCGAUGUAGGGCGGGGGCUGAGCACAUCAGGCUAGACUCCGUUAGAAGCUGGCGGAGGGGAGUAUGCAGCAGCAGGCGCAAGCUGGCACUGAAUGGCGUGCGUGAGCAGCUCGGGGGAGUCAAGAAAGCUAGCUGGCUUUCGCUGGCAUCCAUCCCGCUGACGUUUCCAGUGAGGCAGAAGGCGCGUGGGCGUAAACGUGUAACAGAAUGCUGAG